AUGGAUAGAGAUAUGCAAGAUGCUAUUAGUCAAACUAUUUAUGGUUUAAUUGAAAAGGUUAAAUACCCAAGUGAUAAACAUUUAAUGCAAGUGUGUUACGAUGCAUUGUUAGACAUGAAAGGGGAGGGAUUUACAAACAAAAUUAAACAUGGCGGUUGGAAACGUUUUUUCAAUAAGCAUGUUCGUACUCCGGCUCAAAAAUUCUGUCGCCAGGGAAGAAGUAAUAUUGUCCAGCGUAUUAAAGAUUCAAUUCAUGCCGAAUUUGAGGGACUCAUAAAGCUGAAAAGGGAAAACCGUCAAGUAACCCGCGAUGAAGAACAGAG